CUUUUGUUUACUACUUAGCGGCUGUGUAUCUGUGGGUUUGUUCUAAUCUUGGUGUUUUUCCAGUGAUUUCUCAUGGUGCAAUCCAAAUACAGUAGGUGAAUAUCAGUACUUUUGCUUUGCUCUUUUCCGAAAUGGUUCAGUAUUGUCAGAAUCGUGUAUACACAGUGCCAGAGCUACAGACUAAAUUAUCUGAACUGGGUCAGCACGUCGGUUUUCGGAUAUUAGAUGUACUGUUUAUCAGAGAAAGGAAUUUCAAAAGAGAAACAAAACUCCUCAAUAUGCUGCUUUUUAUUAAAACUACACUGUGGAAGACAUUAUUUGGUAAAGAAGCUGACAAGUUGGAACAUGCUAAUGACGAUGAAAAAACUUAUUACAUCAUAGAAAAAGAAUCGUUAGUCAAUAAAUUUAUAUCAGUACCAAAGGAUAAAGGGGGAUUAAACUGUGCAGCGUUUACUGCUGGUAUAGUGGAAGCUGUCCUGAAUGGCUGUAAUUUUCCUGCUAAAGUCACCGCUCACUGGCACAAAGGAACCACUUUAAUGAUCAAGUUUGAAGAGUCUGUGAUAACGCGUGAUAAAUCUUUAGAUUCCAGAUAGCACCUUCUGCUGGAUAUCUCCCAUCAGUCUUUGCAGUUAUUCGGCCAUCAUUGUGCAGAAAUCAUUAUAUUUAUCGUACAGUAAUGCAUUUUUGUAUCGUUAUUGCAUCAUUUAUUCUGAACUAAGAACUGGUCCUGCUGGAUAUACCGGACAGUAUUGUAUAUUUCAGACCAUAAUUUACCUGGAUUUAUGAAUGACUUAUUUUGGAUGAAGUCCCAAUUAGUGUUCUAUAUUUGUUCUUCGAAAGUAAUGUUUUGCAGUAUGUGUUCCACGUGUUAUUUUUUGUUGCUGACAGUUCAGUGUAAGCUAAACUCCUUUAGGUGCAGGAGUGCUCAACAUAAUAUUUCCUGUUGAUCUGUAUGUGCAGUGAAGUAUAUUUCACCAUUCAGAAAUUAAACCCUUAUCACAUUUUUUUUCUGUUGAUUUUGGUCAAGCCCUGUAUGCAAUGAAAAAUUAUUUUCAUUUGGCCCAAAAUUAACAAAGAAAUUAUGAAAAAGACACAUUGCACCAAUAUUUACUGACAUGCAAAUACAUAUAUGGUAUUCAAUGGUUCAUUCAGCUGAAUAUUAUUUAAUAUAUAUGUUAGCUUGCACUUGAAGUUGAUAAUUUUAGAUUUAUUUAUUUGUUUUUUGACAAUUAUAAGACCUACUGCCAAUAUUAAAAUUAAUAAAAUUGAGAGAAAAAUUGGU